AUGAGGGAAAUUGUUCAUGUGCAAGGUGGCCAAUGUGGUAACCAGAUUGGAGCUAAGUUCUGGGAAGUUAUCUCAGACGAACAUGGAGUUGAUCCAACUGGUACUUAUCAUGGUGAUUCAGACCUCCAGUUAGAAAGAAUCAACGUAUACUACAAUGAAGCUACAGGUGGAAGAUACGUUCCAAGAGCUGUGCUGAUGGAUCUUGAGCCAGGAACUAUGGACUCAGUCAGAGCUGGACCAUUCGGACAACUCUUCAGACCAGACAACUUUGUGUUCGGACAGACUGGCGCAGGAAACAACUGGGCCAAGGGACAUUACACUGAAGGAGCUGAGCUUAUUGAUUCCGUACUUGACGUUGUCAGGAAGGAAGCUGAAGGAUGUGACUGCCUUCAAGGAUUCCAGAUUACUCAUUCGCUUGGAGGAGGAACUGGAUCAGGAAUGGGAACCCUGUUGAUCUCAAAGAUCAGAGAAGAGUAUCCAGAUAGAAUCAUGGAGACCUUCUCAGUUUUUCCAUCUCCUAAGGUUUCGGAUACUGUUGUUGAGCCAUAUAACGCGACCCUUUCAGUCCAUCAAUUAGUAGAAAAUGCUGAUGAAGUCAUGGUUAUCGACAACGAAGCUCUGUAUGACAUCUGUUUCAGAACGCUAAAGCUUACCACUCCCACAUAUGGAGACUUGAACCAUCUGGUGUCUGCAUGUAUCUCAGGAGUAACUGCUUGUCUCAGAUUCCCUGGUCAACUAAAUUCAGACUUAAGGAAGUUGGCAGUAAACUUGAUCCCAUUCCCAAGGCUUCAUUUCUUCAUGAUUGGUUUCGCUCCACUUACUUCAAGAGGAUCACAGCAAUACAGAGCCUUGACUGUCCCAGAACUUACUCAACAGAUGUUUGACGCUAAGAACAUGAUGUGCGCUAGUGACCCAAGACAUGGAAGAUACUUGACUGCAUCUGCCAUGUUCAGAGGAAGAAUGUCUACUAAAGAAGUUGAUGAACAAAUGCUCAACGUACAAAACAAGAACUCAUCUUACUUCGUUGAAUGGAUCCCUAACAAUAUCAAGUCCUCUGUCUGUGAUAUCCCUCCUAAGGGACUUAAGUUGGCAUCAACAUUUGUAGGAAACUCAACUGCCAUCCAGGAGAUGUUCAAGAGAGUUGCUGAACAGUUCACAGCCAUGUUCAGGAGGAAAGCUUUCUUGCAUUGGUACACAGGAGAAGGUAUGGACGAGAUGGAGUUCACUGAAGCCGAGUCUAACAUGAAUGACUUAGUCAGUGAGUAUCAACAAUACCAAGAUGCCACUGCUGAAGAAGAAGGCGAAUACGAUGAAGAUGAAGAAGGAGACGAUAUGAUGUAA